AUGGAUUCCUGUGAGCAGCUCAGAGCAGAGGAUAAGCAGUCCGUGAUGAACAGAAUGCAGAAGAAGUACUGGAAGACUAAACAGGUCUUUAUCAAAGCCACAGGAAAGAAGGAAGACGAGCAUGUGGUUGCCUCCGACGCAGAACUGGAUGCUAAGCUUGAGGUUUUUCACUCCAUCCAGGAGACAUGCAAUGAACUUCUGAAGAUAGUUGAGAAAUAUCAGCUAAGACUCAAUGUUAUAUCAGAGGAAGAGAAUGAACUCGGGCUCUUUUUAAAGUUCCAAGCAGAACGGGAUGCCACUCAAGCUGGUAAAAUGAUGGCCGCCGCUGGCACGGUACUGUGCUCUUCAGCCAAGCAAAGAUUGGCCUUGUGCACUCCCCUGUCUCGUCUUAAGCAAGAAGUAGCAACGUUCAGCCAGAGGGCCGUUUCUGACACUUUGAUGACCAUUAAUCAUAUGGAGCGGGCUCGCACGGAAUAUAGAGGAGCCCUGCUGUGGAUGAAGGAUGCAUCCCAGGAGCUCGACCCAGACACCUUAAAACAAAUGGAAAAGUUUAGAAAAGUACAGAUCCAAGUGAGAAAGAGCAAAGGUUCUUUUGACAAGUUAAAGAUGGAUGUCUGCCAGAAAGUGGAUCUGCUUGGAGCCAGUCGCUGCAAUAUGCUGUCUCAUUCUCUCACUACUUACCAGAGGACAUUGCUUGGGUUCUGGGAGAAAACAGCUCAAAUGAUGUCCCAAAUCCAGGAGGCCUGUGCUGACUUUCAUCCGUAUGACUUCAUAGCUCUCAAGCGACUACAAGACACAGCAGGCAAUGUCACUGCAGACAACAAGGAAGAAGCGGAAGGCAGCUGUCUUACUGCAAACCUCAAUAAGGUAGCUUUGUCAGAAGAAAGCAGUGAGAGAGAACCAGCAGUGGCAAAAGCUCUGCCUAGAGACUCGCUGGAAGGAGAUGAUUUUGAGAAAGAAUUCGCAUUUCUGAACAGCCUCCUAAGCCCCACUUCUUCGAGUGCUAGUGAGCAUACACAGGAAUGCCAGCCAGCCUGCGGGAGCCCCGGUGCUGGCCUCACAGCCCAGGAGCCUCCGGUGGGAUCCUCCCAAUUCCUCCCUUCACAGCUCUUUGACCUCGGCCUUCACGCAGAAGGAGCUUCCAAAAGCUGGGGCUCCCAAGAGGGAUCAGAACACCCAGAUACCCUGCCAGUGCCUUCACAGUAUCCAAAGAAAUUAAAAUACUUGGAUCCGCUCUCCAACCCAGACGCCAUCGGACACUCAGACGAUGAACUUCUCAACGCCUGACUGGGGCCCCAGGUUCAGGGGUCUCAAGGCAGCAACUGUGCAGUAUUUGCCUUUGUGGAGAGGAGUCUCACUGCCACCACACACAGAUGCAUGUGUUCAGGACAGGACAGAGGGUCUGGUGUCUGAGAAGCCUGUGUAUUUAUUAUGCUGGACGUGAAAGCUGUUGAUCAUAUGUGGAAAUUUUUAGAAACUCCCGAGUUUGCAAUACUGAGAAACCAAACUUAUGUCUGAAUCUCGGGAGCAUGGCGUUAUUUCUUUGGGAUGUGUUUUACAUUCAAGUCAAUUUGCUGUGAGUGGGUGAAGAAUAGGAUACAAAGCAGCGGUCAUUUGGGGUUGGUUUUUUGAUACUGGAGGUGUUUUCUGUUGGGGGAAUAGCAACAGAAUAGAAAGCUUUUCCCCUGAUUACAACGUAGAACAAGAGAAUUCAGUCCGCUUUCCUGAAAUUAGAGAAACUUGUGCUUUUCUGUAUUUGGGAGCUGAAUGCAAUGUUACGUUUCGCUCACAAUCAUGGAGACACCUCGUUCCAUCAUUAAAUAAUAGCAGGAUGGAAAUGGAGCGAAGACAGACCCGACAGGCUGUUUCAGACUGCUGCAGCGAUGUGAAGUAAUACAGUCUUCCCGAAACCUCCAGGAACUUCCACAUGACCAAGAGGGACAGUUCCAAACACCUCAUCUUGAUAUGUAUUCUCCACACGGUUUAAUCCAGAGGGCUUUCUGACAGACACGGAAACAUCCACGGAAAGUGAGGAGAGGCCUGUGUUCU